UUUAAGACAACGGUUCCUCUACUUUGAGCUCUGAUUUCAGCAAAAUAUUCCCAUGUCUUCUGCUCUCUACUACUACUACUUCUUCGGUCGUGUGUUUGAGGUUUCUGUGAUACCCCGACUGAUGACUGAUGAUGUUUAAUUUUGAUUUGGGUUCAAGUAGAGGUUCAUGGGAUAAGGUGUGUAAUGGAAAUGAAGCUGAGGAAUCUGCGUAUUUUUCUGCUUUUUAUUGCUCAAACUGCGCUUCAACUCACAGCUUUGGAUACUAGCGCUGGAAAUUCGAGUUCGGGGGAUUGGGUUGCUGCCAAGAAUGGAGACGCACAAGGACCAUGCCCUUCUGGCUGGGAAAUCGGUCCUAAAACGGAUAAGUGCUUUAGACAUGAAAAUAGCUCCCUAUCGUGGGGUGAGUCGGAGACCACCUGUAAAAAGUACGGUGGACACUUAGCAGCACUUACAUCAUCUCAAGAGCUAAGUUUUGCACAGAAGUUGUGUGGCCGAGGUGUCAACGGCUGCUGGAUUGGAGGGAGAGGUGUUAAUUAUACUGUUGUUAAUUAUACUGUUGGUUUACAGUGGAGGUGGUCCGACAAUAUAUCCUAUUGGAAUGAAUCAAUUGUUUAUGGAUUGCUUUCUCCCUCCAAUUGCUCAAGUUCGUCAUGCCACACGAAUAUCUCAGUUGAUUCUUGUACACUGCUGACAAAUGGAACCAGAUCCAUUGUUCCUAAGGAAUGCAAUACGUCACAUACUUAUAUCUGCAUGCUCGGUAUUGGGAGUAAAUGUUACCACAUGCAUUGCCAUAGGGAGUAUCUUAUUAUCCUUGGAGUGGUCAGUGGAUUGAUCCUCUGCACAACUUCAGCUGUUGUGAUUUGGCUACUUGCAAAUAGGCGGAGCAAGAGGCGUAGAAAGUCUCGCAAAUUAUCUAAUCCAGCGGCUUCUGAGUUAGUUCCCCCGUCGUGGAGAGUUUUUACAACUGAGGAACUAAGGUCACUUACUAAGAACUUUAGUGAAGGAAAUCGUCUCCUUGGAGAUGCUAAAACAGGCGGCACAUAUAGCGGCCUUUUACCUGAUGGAUCAAGGGUUGCAGUUAAGAGGCUGAAAAGGUCUAGUUUCCAGAGGAAGAAGGAGUUCUAUUCAGAUAUUGGAAGAGUUGCUAGGCUUCAUCAUCCGAAUUUGGUAGCUAUUAAGGGAUGCUGCUAUGAUCAUGGUGACCGCUACAUAGUAUACGAGUUUGUGGUUAAUGGACCGUUAGACAGAUGGCUGCAUCAUGUGCCAAGAGGUGGUAGGAGCUUGGGUUGGGAGAUGAGAAUGAAAAUUGCCACUACUCUAGCUCAAGGAAUCGCGUUCUUGCAUGAUAAGGUUAAGCCACAAGUUGUGCAUCGGGAUAUCCGUGCCAGUAAUGUAUUGGUUGAUGAAGACUUCGGAGCACAUCUGAUGGGGGUUGGUCUCUCUAAGUUUGUACCAUGGGAAGUGAUGCAUGAGAGGACAAUGAUGGCAGGAGGAACAUAUGGGUACCUUGCUCCAGAAUUCGUCUACAGAAACGAGCUUACAACGAAGAGUGAUGUUUACAGCUUUGGGGUGCUGCUGCUUGAGAUAGUAACUGGUCGUAGACCCGCCCAAGCAGUUGACUCAGUGGGUUGGCAGAGUAUAUUUGAGUGGUCGACACCUUUGGUGCAGGCACAUCGAUAUCCAGAGCUCCUAGAUCCCCUAAUAUCUUCUUCCGACGUUCCAGAAGCUAGCGUGAUUCAAAAGGUGGUGGACCUUGUGUAUGCUUGCACGCAGCAUGUUCCGUCCAUGCGUCCUAGGAUGUCUCAUGUUGUUCAUCAGCUGCAACAGUUGAUCCAAACACCCCUUGUAAAAUAAUCCAACCUUAAGCUCUGGUUUUUUCUAAUUAUUAUCUGUUAACUGCUACCUUUUUGCAGUGCUGUUUUUACCCUGGUUGUCUUGGGGGUUUGCAGAUUAUGAGCAGGAAAGCUUACUGUCAUAGUUGUAAUUUCAGACAACUUUAUUGCAGCCUUACUGCCGAUGUACUGGUAAAACUAUGUUAUGAAUGGAUUGUGUUGUAGGGCAUUUUUAUCA